GUUGAUAUAAAAGUAAUGCACUGACUCUUUCCUUUGCCAAACUAACUCCUUGGCUAGAGUGAAAACGCAACAGUUUGAUAUUUGACAUUUCACCUGGCAGUCAGCUGUGGGAAAGUUAAAGGUUUUUAUUUAUCUUCUUUGUCGGCCUCUACUCUGACUCUGACUGAAUGUCUGCAUCUCAGACCAUCUUCAACUUUUGGGAUCAUCCAUCAGUGCCUUCAUUUUAAUUAGAUUUUUAUGAGUUUUUUGUGUAAAGUUUAUGUUUUGCGUCACCAAAAGAAUCAUCCCAUAAUUUGUGUAAUCUUUUCUCCACGUUCGAAUGUGUCUUCGUUAGCGGUUUCAUUUAAAAACUUAACCCGUAAUGUUAUCUUCAGAAAAAACAACAACCGUAUCAACUAAGACACCAGUAGCACCAACAACAGGAACAAAGAUGGCGAAGAGAAUGACGGUUACAUCAGAUCCGGGUAUCCUGUGCUUCCAUCAUUGUUCGGUGAAAGUUUUCUGUUUCAAUUUGCCAAAUGUUUGUCCAAAUUGCAAUUGUGAGAUGGACAGGACAAUGCCAAAGUUUAUGCCAUUUCGACUGCCGUAUCCUUUCAUUAGAGCAUCACAAUACCCUUGUGGCAUAGUCCUUCGACCAACAACGGGUGAUUUUUUAAACGACUACAAUAACUCCAUGGACCUGCACAUAGGUGUAACCACAUCACACGGGAGCAUUGUUGAAUUCGACCGAAACGGUCUUCAGCGUAGAUCCGACAACAAUGCAUGGUGGCAAUGCCUGCUCGUCGGAGACGUCCCUGAUCCUUGGCACGACCUCUGGGAUAACGUUCUUAUGCAGAUUUGUAAACAACCCCAUUGGACCAUUGACCACUAUAACGAGGAGACAUACAAUUGUUAUACGUUCGUAUUGAAGUUCCUCGAGGCACUCGGCUAUGCGGGACUUAGUGAGGCAGCCCAAAGCAAGACUGUGUUUUGUGAAAAGUAUAUUGUUCCUAGGACCACAACGGCUGGCAAAUACAUAUCCUUGUACCGGAAGUUGAUGGAGGGUGGCCUCUAUAUGCAUCAUCACGUUAAGGACGGAAGUGGUAAUAGUGGAACUUUGAAUGGCAAAAGCAUCGAACGACAUCAAAAGUUGUUUACCAUUACCGAGUAGCAUAGCUAAAGGAUUUUCGAUGAUACUCGUAACCAUGAUAACGAUGUUGACGAUGAUGAUUAUGAUGACAAUUACACAAUGGACGACGUUGAGUAUUAACAGAUUCCAGAAUCAAAACCAGAAUCAUAUGAAAACCUCUUUUUCCUCAGAUGAGAUCUCUAUAUUAUAAAUAAUUAAUUUAUUAUUUUUACUUUUAAGCUAGCAUAGUGUAGUUAAUCAAAAAUUCCUAUAUUAUUUAUACAUUUAUCAUUAUUUAUGAAUGGUUUCCAGUUUUAAACAAUAUAACUUCCUUCAUGCAUACAUAAAUAUUAUUGCUCUUACAUCGAAUGUAAUUUUGUGUAAAAACGACGUAAAUUUUAAAUACACAUACAUAAAUAAAUUCUUGACUAUUGACUAUGAAAUAUUUAUGGGCUUUGUUUUGGAAUGUAUAAUGGUUCUGGGGAAAAUAAAACUGGAGUAAAAAUAAUGGCUUCCACAUAUCGAUUGGGCUUUGAUAUCGGCUCGGCACUAUGUUGGGCUUUUGAAUUUUGAAACUGGGUUAAUUAUAAAAGGAUUGAAUUUGAAAUUUCAGAAAUUGCAUUUUUAUAUGUUAAAAUUUUUGAAUGCAUACAUCAGGUUGUAAUUUUUUAAAUUUAAUCAUGUUUUUAUCAAUUUCGAUGGAACUAUUUUUGAAAAAAGGAAUGAAUUACUACAAUUUUUUGAAAAACUGUGAGCAUAUUAAGAAUAACAAACU